CCACCGCUAGACAAAACCCUCGCGGGACUGCCUUGCCUUCCCUAGCCAAAACCCUAACCCAGUGGACGCCGCGCUGCGCUACUCUGUCGUACCUGACGCCUCCAAUCCCCAUCCGCUGGACCGCCGCCGCUCCAUCGCCUGAGUGCCUGAGUGCAAGAUUUGGGCUGUUGGGCCGGACCAGCGACGGUAGUGGGAUCCCGGCGAAGAGCGCACGCGUCACACAGGAGCGCACUGAGCAUCGAGGACCGGGGCUAACGGAGAGACGUCCAAGCUCCAAGGAGAACCUCGGCCUCCCCACCAAGCUCUGACACUUCUGUGGUAGAGUACUGAGCUUGGCUGCCUAACAUGGGGAAAAGGCCGAGGACGACUCCACCGUGUCCGCCAGCCAGGGGCCCUCCAAAGUCCAAGCGGACCGACGAGCUGGCGGGGCUGUCCGACUCCGAUUACGACGAGAUUGAUGCCUUCCACAAGCAGCGGGACAUGAUCCCCCUCGAUGCUGACGACGUGGGAGAGUUGGAGGAUGAUGUUUUGGAGCAGCCCGUGUUCGACCUUGAGGGUGUUUCUGAUAGUGAAACUGAUGACAACGAAGGAGAAGAGAAUGGUGACAUGGAUGAAGCUAAUUAUGAAGGAUGGGAUGCAGGAUAUGUUGCAAAAUUAAAAAGGGCAGAGAGGGCAGUGAAACAAAUUGCUGGAGGUGAUGAUAGCAUGGAUGAUCAGGAGGAAGAUGAAAAGGGUAGAAACAUAUGGGGCAGAGGUAAAAAUGCAUACUACGAUGCUGGUGAACAGUCUGGUGAGGACGAGGUGGAUUAUGAGGAGGCACAAAGGAUCCAAAAGGAGAAGGAAAAAAAACUGUCUAUGAAAGAUUUUGGAUUGGAAGAUGCUGAAAGUGAUGAAGAGAAUAAAACCACAAAGGCAUCCAACCAUCAAACCAAACUUUCUGAUGAGGCAUACACUAUUAAAAGCUAUGGGAAAAUGAAAGAAGACUUUGCUGUCUUAUCAGGAGAUGAGAAAAUGGGUGUGCUAUACAGUUCUGCUCCUGAAAUCGUUAGCUUGUUGUCUGAGUUGAAGGAGGCCCAUGAAGAACUUAGGGCUAUAGGACAGCUCAUCAGUGAGGUUACAGCAGGUUUAGGCAAAGGUAAGGGUAGAAUACAACCUUUGGAAGUGAAGAAAGCUUGUUUGCUGGCUUAUUGUCAAGCUAUUACCUUCUACCUCCUUAUGAAAGCCGAGGGGUUGUCCGUGCAAGAUCAUCCUGUAAUUGCUCGCCUUGUAGAAACUAAGAAUAUGUUAGAGAAGAUGAAGCUGGUCACCAUGAAUCUCCCGAGGCAAAAAGGGGGCACUGAUAGUAUGCAUAGCAGCACCAUCCAAGCGGAUAAGAUAGUCUCACUUGACAAAGAGGGCAAAUGUAGCAAUGUACCAUCACUGGAUACAGUAAAACAAGGUGCUGAAGUCUCUGAGUCAACAAAGAGUGAACAUUCUAAUAAUGAUCACCAUGAAGUUAGCGAACAGAAGAGCAAGGAUGAACAUAUGGGCUUGCAAAGCCUGGAAAUGUUAAAAGUAAGAACAAAUCUUGAGGAAAGGUUAAAGAAAAAAGGGGUCUAUAAUUUGAUACGAUCGAAGCCAGAGAAGUUGUCAAACACCAGGACAACUAGUAACAAAAGAGAUUUGCAGACGUUGGAUGACUUUGACGAUGAAGUGCAGAAGAAUAGUCAAAUGACGAAACCUAGCAAGCUCCUAGCUGCAGCUAAAUUAAAUAAAAGCAAGUUUAUUUCUGGUGAUGAUGACCUUCCAAAGCGAGAUAAUAUUGGUGAAAGGCGAAGGAAACAUGAGCUAGGUGUCCUUGCAAGAGUUGGAGGUAACAUGCUUGAAAAUGAUGAUGAUCAUGAGUUGCCAGAAGAUGGUGGCCAUUCUGAAGAUGAUCAUGAGCAGCCAGAAGAUGGCAACCAUACUGAGGAUGAAUUCUGUAAGGAUGUAAAAAGACAGAGGACUGAAAAACUAUUAAUUAAAAAACAGAAGUACUCACUAACUCCGGGUACUCAACCUCUGGAGGAAGAAAGUGAAGGAGAUGGCAAGAGGAAGAUCUCAUAUCAGAUCGAGAAGAACAAGGGGUUGACGCGUUCCAGGAAUAAGAAAAAGAAGAAUCCACGGAAGAACUACAGGAAUAAGCAUCAAAACAAGCUUGUCAAACGGAAAGGUCAGGUGCGUGACAUUAAGAAGCCCUCCGGUCCAUAUGGAGGUGAAUUGUCUGGCAUCAACCCGACCGUCAGCCGCAGUGUUAGAUUCAAGAGUUGAUGUCAGUUUUAUGUUCAGUUUGAUCGCUUCGGAAUGAAAAUUUUGGUUGAGGGUUGUUUUGUGGGCGUUACAGGGAAGUUUGGCAGUUUUAAAUGGAUCGACUGCAUACAUUGUCUUCCGAUAUUGAAAGAUGUGUAAAAUUUUGCCUGCCAGAUUAUAAGCAUUGCCUGUACCUGUGCGAAAGCAAUUCCUGUAGGAUGUUUAUAUAUUGUUUUCCAUGGAUGGAAAUGUUAGGUUCUUCAGAA